AUGUCGCUCAGAGAUCUCCUCAUUUGGAGCCUAAUCGUCCCCUGGACUGGCGCUCUGCAGCAGCAGCCUCUCUCAGACCACAAUGCCUACCAUGGCCACGACCUACCCAACCGCCUCUCCAAAGACGCCGCCGCCUCGGAGAAGCGCUACAGGCCCACCGCCGCCGACUCGUUGGCCACCUCACUAAGCGGUCACCGAAAGGCGCGGGAAGCCCUUUCCGAAAACAAAAACACGCGCACAAAUGCUUCUCACAACCAGCGCGCCCUUGCGACUGUGUCUCCGGCGGAGAACGCCGUUCGAGCACCACCACCUGCAUACAAGCCGUCAGCGACUGGCGGCAUCUCGCGACAACAGGCGCGGUCUCUGCAGGAUUGGCAAGUCGAGGACCUCAUACUCCUGGCGACUGUUGAUGGGAAGAUCCACGCACGUGACCGACAGAGCGGAGCUGCGAAGUGGCAGCUAGAAACAGACCGGUCCAUGGUGGAGACCAUCUACCAUAGAAACAACAGAAGUACAGGCGAUGGGUCUCCCGAGCUGGGGGGUGACCCUCUAUGGAUCGUGGAGCCUAGUCAGCACGGAGCUGUAUACGUCUACGCUCCUGGAUCUGGUGCUGGAAUGCAGAAACUGGGGUUUACGGUCAAAGAACUCUUCGAGCUGGCACCGUACAGCUCAGAAGGAUACCCUGCUGUUUCGUACAACGCGGAGAAGCGGACCACCUUGUACACCAUCGACGCGGCGACCGGCAAUAUCAUCAAGUCGUUUAGCUCUGUGGGAGCUAUGAUCAACGACGACCGAAGCUGCAGACGGGUUAGCCCACUCCAAUCGCCGGAUGAUGGCGAGUGCAAGCCCAAUGGAACAUUCACGCUCGGCAGGACCGAAUACACCAUUGCCAUACAGGAUCUCUACACCGCUGAGCCUAUAAGCACCAUCAAGUACUUUGAAUGGGUGCCAAACAACCGCGAUCUGGACUUGACCAGCAAAUAUCGCCAGAGCAUGGAUAGCACAUACGUGUAUACGAAGCACGACGGCUGGGUGUUUGGUCUCGAGAUGGGAUCCGAAGAAUCACACAGCACGGGAGCUGUUCAACAGCCCAUCUAUCGUCACAAGCUGCAGUCUCCAGUGGCGCGAGUUUAUGACAUUGUCCGGCCGUACGACGACUUCUCGAGCGACGUAGCGCUUGUCGUGCUGCCGCAGCCGGUGGCGCCGUCACCUGACGAACUUAAGGCCUUGGAGGAGGGCCUAGCCGACAACGUGUUCGUCAACUGCACUGGAGACGGCAGCUGGUACGCCUUCUCGGAGAGGAACUAUCCGAUGGUCACCGAAGGAGCAGCAACAACUCGAUAUUACGUCGACCUUUCCUACACUGAACCUUCUUUGGCCUGGCCAAUGUCCAAGAAGGAGCGAGAGAAGUUCGCUGGCGUCCAUCAGCUGACUCCUAUGCAUGGCCACCAUGAUACGCCCUUGAUUGAAGCGCCCGAGCAGCACCCGACUGUAGAGCCCCCGGACAGCGCAACUGACCAUUCAGCCCUGAAAACCAUCGAUUCUGGAUCGAGCGGCCUGCCAUGGCCCUCGUUGGCGAGUGUUAUUCUUGUGCUUGGCCUUGUCGCUAUGAUCGGGCUCCUAUAUCAGCAGUUUGUCAAGCCGCGAAAGCGUCUCGGGAACAUGCAAGCGUUCGACGAGUUCCUGCAGUCUGGCGCGUUGCCUCGUCCGAAGAAGGCCGAAGAAGUGGAUCAGCAACCGAAAGUCCGUGAAGCGGAGCCGGCAGAAGAGACCAUAUUCCCUCAUGUCCCGGGUCCGGACACGAGGCCAGCAAAGUCAUCUGAUGCAGGAAAACUUGACGAGAUCGACGAGAAGCCGGAGCUUGAAGACGGUCUGGAGAACGGCUCACCUGACCAAGCGGGCGAACAACAGAAGCAGAAGAAGAAGGCAACCAGGGGUAAGCGAGGUGGCAAGAAAGCCAAGGAAAAGGAACAGCAGGCGGCCGAGACCUUUGCUAAGAAGAAAGGCUCUCCUACACCUCAGCCCGUCGAGAUCAUCUCCGUCGCCGCGUCCGAAAGCCCUCAGGUCUCCGGUCCACUGCAAAUCAACAGUCUCGUCAUCCACACGGACAAAGUCAUCGGGCAAGGCAGCUGCGGCACAACGGUCUUCGAAGGCUCCUUUGAGGGUCGCAAGGUCGCCGUCAAACGCAUGCUAUCGCAGUUCUACGACCUCGCUUCUCAGGAAGUUUCGUUUCUGCAGCAGAGCGAUGACCACCAGAAUGUUGUGCGAUAUUUCUGUCAGCAGAAGGAUGAGCACUUCCUGUAUAUUGCCGUUGAGCUUUGUCAAGCGAGCUUGUACGAAGUCUGGGAGAGCGAGAAGGCGAGGACGGAGGAGCGGCAGGUGCAGCUUAGUGGGCUGAAGCACGCCAUUCAGCAGGACGUCCCGAAAGCUCUCAGACAACUCGCAGCAGGGCUGUACUACCUGCACGACCUGAGGAUCAUCCACCGCGACAUCAAGCCCCAGAACAUCCUCGUCGCGUUCCCGAAGAAGCAGCAACAGCAGAGCCAGCCGAUUCGAUUGGUCAUCUCCGACUUCGGGUUGGGGAAGAAUCUCCCAGAGAAUGUAUCCACCCUCGUCGACCCUACUGGGAACGCGGGGACGUCUGGAUGGAAGGCGCCGGAGCUUAUCUCUCAUCCAGUCGAUAGUGGUUCGAAGCAGAACUCACAUAAUGGAGGGUCGAAUGUCAGCGAUGGGCCCAAUGGCUCUGUUUCUGGGGUUAAGAGGGCAGCUGACAUUUUCUCCCUGGGUUGUCUGUUUUUCUGGGUGCUGACUGGUGGUAACCACCCGUUUGAGGACGAGAAUGGCUGGCAACAACUCCGCGAACUCAACAUCAAGCGCGACCGCAAGAACCUCUCCGUCCUCGCCCGCUGGUCCGACGCCUAUGAGCCCAUGCAACUCAUCACGCACAUGCUCGAGCACGCCCCCGAACACCGCCCCACGGCGCGCGACGUCCUGCAACACCCUUUCUUCUGGAGCGCCGAGAAACGCCUCGCCUUCCUCUGCGACAUGAGCGACCACUUCGAGCGCGAACCCCGCGGCGUCCCCGACGACGGCUACGCCGGCGAUUCCUGGCCACUUUCACUGCUCGAGAGGCGAGCGGAAGAGGUUAUCGGCCCCCGAGCGGAUUUCUUGGCCAAGUUGGACAGGCAUUUCGUCGACACGCUCGGGAAGCAGCGGAAGUACUCCGGGAACCGGUUGUUGGAUCUGCUGCGCGCGUUGCGGAAUAAGAAGAACCAUUACGAGGAUAUGCCCGAGGAGGUGAAGCGGAGGGUUGGGCCGUUGGCGGGCGGGUAUCUGGGGUAUUGGUGUCAGCGCUUCCCGCGUUUGCUGAUGGCGUGUUACCAGGUCGUGUUCGAGUGUGGGAUUGAGGAUGGAGCGCGGUUUAGGGGUUACUUUGAUCUGAGUGCUUAG